CGCGAGAAUUCAGCGCCAGCAGCUCCCAGCGUCCCUAGGCGCUAGAUCAUGAAGGCGGCGGCGGCCAUGUUAGUUUAGGCCCUUGUCCGGAGAACGCAGGAAGGAAUAGGCGGAAGAAGCGAGUACCCCGGGCGCCAGCAAUCCGCAUCCAUCCGGCCGGGGAGGCACCAUGAGCGGCGGGACGCCGUACAUCGGCAGUAAGAUCAGCCUCAUCUCUAAGGCGGAGAUCCGAUAUGAAGGCAUCCUGUACACCAUCGACACCGAGAACUCCACUGUGGCCCUGGCCAAAGUCCGCUCUUUUGGAACAGAGGAUCGACCUACAGACCGACCUAUUCCUCCUCGAGAUGAAGUGUUUGAGUAUAUCAUCUUCAGGGGGAGCGAUAUUAAGGACCUUACUGUGUGUGAACCCCCUAAACCUCAGUGCUCCUUGCCCCAAGACCCUGCAAUUGUCCAGUCCUCCCUAGGAUCCACUGCAGCAUCUUCAUUCCAGACUGUAAGCUCCUAUGCACCGUUCAACAGGAUGCCAGCAUAUAGCCAGUUCAGUACUACCCCUUUAGUUCCCCAGCAGUUUGGAUCUGUUGGAGUUGCAGGAAAUGCCUUGACCUCAUUUGGUGGCGAUAACACAACAGGUGCUCCACUUCCCCCAACCAGUGCUGUGGGCUCCUCAUUCAGUCAAGAAACAAGGGCUCUGAAAACACAGUUAUCUCAAGGGAGAUCAAGCCCCUUGCUAGACCCUUUACGCAAGAGCCCAACUCUUGAACAAGGUGUCCAAACUGCACCUGCUGCCCAGGCAUCAAUGGCAGCAGGUAGAAGAAGUCCGGUAACUUCAAGAUCUUUGCCAUCCACAAGCCAAAAGACAUUAGAGUGUUCGGAGCAAAGAAAAGCUGAUGCACACAGAUUUUCAAGGCCUGAUACAGACCUGCUCAGAAAUGACAAACAGGACCCAAACAAGAGGCAAGCAGCUCCUAUAGGUGGACCUCAGCCCAGGAGAGGUCGUGGUGGUCAUCGGGGCGGCCGUGGAAGGUUUAGUGUAAGAAGAGAUGGCCCGAUGAAGUUUGAAAAAGACUUUGACUUUGAAAGUGCUAAUGCACAGUUUAACAAAGAAGAAAUUGACAGAGAAUUUCACAAUAAGUUAAAAAUAAAAGAUGAUAAACCAGAGAAACCGGUAAAUGGAGAAGAUAAAGCAGACUCUGGGGUAGACACUCAGAACAGUGAAGGAAAUGCAGAGGAGGAGGAAGUGACAGCGAGCUGUUACUAUGACAAAACCAAAUCUUUCUUCGAUAAUAUCUCCUGUGAUGAUAACAGAGAUCGAAGACCCACGUGGGCAGAGGAAAGAAGGAUUAAUGCAGAGACAUUUGGACUCCCUCUGCGUUCUAACAGGGGCCGUGGAGGCUUCCGAGGUAGAGGUGGAGGAGGGGGAAUGGGCUUCCGUGGAGGCAGAGGGCGCGGAGGAGAAAGGAGAGGUGCUCCUUCAGGAGGCAACUAUGGGGCUCCACGAGGUUUCCGUGGAGGAUACAGAGGAGGAGGACGUGGAGGAAGAGAAUUUGCAGACUAUGAAUACAGGAAAGACAACAAGGUGGCCGCCUAGUCAAGGAUGAAUGGGGUCUGGGAUUUUUUGUCACAAUCUGGAGAACUCGUUUUCAGUCUUUUGUGAAAAAUGACAUUUAUUUUGCUGUAUAUUUUGUCACCAGCACUGGGGGAGGGGGGUUAAAACUUCUUUACAAAGCUUCUUCAGUGCAGUAGGGUCCUGCCAGAAACUCUUGUUUCUCCAUUUUUUUUAUUUCCUUGUGAAGGUCCCUGCAACACUAAAGGACUUGGAAUAGUUGGCAGGAAAAAAAUCUUUACUUGCGUUCAGCAUUAAAUCCAUUUGAAAUAGAAGACUGAAGUCAUUUGGUUUGGAUAGAUUGACGUGAUAAUCAGCGGAAAGUGAGGUCUGUUUAUUUGUUGUGGGUUUUUUGUUUUGUUUUUUUUCACUAAAAUGUUUUUUUCCUUGCUGCAAAAAGAAUUCAGUGUGGGAGGUUUAAUUCCCUGAAGGGUUGGGUUUUUUAUAUUAAUGUAUAAGGGGUGACCCCGCUCCACAAUCCUUCCACUUACCACCCCCCCCCCCCCCUUUUCCAUAUUUUUCAAGGUCUCAGACUCUUGAUAGCAGCACAUUUAUUGGGUACAGUACAAGAAAAACAACCUUCAUACAGUUUGUUAGGCAAAGGACACUUUUUUUUAUAUAGUUGUGAGAUUGAGUAAAUCCCACUGCCAAAGAAAUCCCAAGCUUUAUAUAGCUGUAAAAAGGAAUACCUUUGUAUCCAGCACAUCUAAUGGCUUUGACAAGUUGAUCUCAUUCUGGGCCAAUGUUGUUUUUCUUUCCUUCUGUGAGAUGCUUCCAUUAGAUGUAAAGUUUAUUUUCUGUAGGCAGAGAGAAAAUACAUAUUUUGACGUUUCGCAAUGUUAAACUUUACCAGUCUUCAGCCUCUGAACUUUAAUACAUUGGGCACAGGAGUAGCUAAAUGUUGGCUUUAGGCCGGGAUUCCACUUUGUUUUUUUUUUGGGAGAAAUGCCAUUGCAGUUUUCAGGUUAAGUGGAUCUGCAAGGAAUGGGAAUUGUAAAGCAGUGGUCCCCAAACUGUGGCCCUCCAGAU